AUGUUAAUAAAACAAGAUCCAAAGGGAGUGGAAAAAAAAGAAGAGAAAGAAAUUAAAGGAGUAAAAGAAGAAGGGGAAAAAAAAAAAAAAAAAAAAAUAAUAAAAAUAAAAAAAAGGAAAAAUAUCGAUACAUAUUUAAUAAAUUCAUGUGAUUCCAAUAAUACUAAUUAUUCAUGUUGUUAUUUAAAUAAAGAAUGUUUUGUAAAAAAUAUAAGUAUAUGUAAAAAAUGUAUAUUUAGCUAUUUUGAAUUUAAAAAUGUAACAAAGGUUAUAUAUAUGAGACAUGGAGCUAGGACUCCUAAAAAAAAAAUUAGAAACAUCUGGCCAUUUAAAGAAGGUAAAGGAGAUUUGACUUUUUUAGGUUUUCAACAAUCAAUAAAAGUUGGUGAAUAUUUAAGAAAAUAUUAUUACACAUUGAAUACAUUAAAUAAAAAAUAUAACAAAAGAGAAAGGGGACUAACAAUUAACAAUAAAAAAAAGUGUUAUAUAAAAAAUAAUAAAUGUGGUAUAAAAAAAGGCAAAACAUUAAAUAACAACAACAAUAAAAAUAAUAAUAAUAGUAAUAAUUAUUUUGUAAAUAAAAAGUAUAAUGUAUCAAAUAAGAAUAAUUAUGUAAAAAAUAUCGCAUGUCAUAAUAAAGCUUAUUCUUAUUUAAAUGAUUUAUCUGUCUCCUUUAAUAAACGUGCAAAUAAGAGGAACAGCUUAGAUAUAUUCACUGACCGAACAAAUUUUAUAAAUUAUCAAAAAUACUUUUUAAAAUUCAAGAAGAGUUAUAAAUAUGAAAGAAAAAUAUUUAUUAAAAUUAAAAGAAGAAGGAGAAACAAUAUUUUGAAAAUAUGGAUACGUCAACAUUUAAUUAGUAGAAUGAAAAAAAUAAAAAAUAAAAACAUGAAUAAUAAUAAUAAUAAUAAUGAUGAUGAUAAUAAUAAUAAUAAUGAUGGUAGUAAUAAUAAUAAUGAUGAUAAUAAUAAUAAUAAUGAUGCUAAUAAUAAUAAUAAUAAUGAUGAUAAUAAUAAUAAUAAUGAUGAUAAUAAUAAUUAUUAUUAUUAUAAGGAAGGACCAGCAUUUAAUAAUAAACCAUUCAACUAUGCAGAUAUGUUAGAAUAUAUAAAAUAUUAUUAUAAAUACAUUUUAAAAGAUAAAAAAAAUAUUUACACAUUUAAUAAAAAAAAAGAAUUAUUGUUCCCAGUAAUGGAUAUUUUGUAUAUGUAUAAAAAAAAUUUUUUGCUUAAUAAAAUGAAAGAAAACAAUAUAAAAAAAAAAAAAAAAAAAUAUGAUAAUCUUAUUAUGUUAAUAAAUAAAUAUUUAUGUAUUAAAACAACAAAUAGCGAACGUUGUAAAUUAACUGCAUAUGGUAUUAUUUGUGGUAUAUUAGGAAUAAGUGAAUAUAUUUAUUUUUUCUUUUUUAUAUUGUUUUUUAAAAAUAAUUAUGAUAAGACAUAUGAUAAUAAUAUAGAUAGUUACACCAAAAGAAAAAAAAAAAAAAAAAAGUGGUUGAAUAAGAGGUCCAAAUGUUUUUCACAUGAGAUAUUUAAGAGGCAUAUUAUGAGUGAUGAAAAAAUAUGUGAUGAAAAAAUAUGUGAUGAAAAAAUAUGUGAUGAAAAAAUAUGUGAUGAAAAAAUAUGUGAUGAAAAAAUAUGUGGUGAAAAAAUAUGUGGUGAAAUAAUAAGUGGUGAAAUAAUAAGUGGUGAAAUAAUAAGUGGUGAAAUAAUAAGUGGUGAAAAAAUAUGUGAUGAUAAUAAUUCCAUGUACUUAUUUAAAAGUAAUAAACCAUUUUGUAUACAAAGUAAGAUUAAUUUUUGUGAUGAGUUAUAUUUAUAUUUUAAUAAGAUUUUAAAAAAAUUACAAAGUCUUGAUGAUAUGUAUAUAAAUGGUUAUGAAUUAAAAAUGUUUUGUAAGGAUAAUGAUGUGUUGAAUAAUUUUGAUAAUAAAUGUUUAGAUAAAAAUGAAUAUAAUAUAUCAUAUCCCAGUUAUAAUAAAUAUUGGAAUGAUUUUAUAAGUCAUUAUGUGUUAAAAAAAAUGGAAAAUAGUUAUAUUGCUAAUAAUAAUUUAAUGUAUAAUAUAAAUGUUUUCUUUGAUUUAAUAAUAAAGGAGAAAGGAAAUUUUCAAUUUUUUUAUAAAAAUAUAAAACAAAAUAAACAAAAAAGUGAAAAAGGAUUAGAAGAAUGGAAUGUAUUUAAUAUCUUUCAAAUAUAUAUGAAAUAUAUGUUCAAUGAAUUUAUAAAACUUUUCAAAUUUUUAAAUAAAAAUAUUAAAAAUGUUGAAAAUAUUGAUAAUACAUUUGAGAAUAUAAUUAAUGUAUAUAAAAAAUAUUAUAUAAAUACUAGUGUAAAUGAAAAGGAUUGUUUGGAAAAAAAACAAAUACAUUCAAAAGAAUAUAUGAUGAAAAAAGUAGAUGCAAAGAAUAAAUCGAUGGAAUAUCAUAAUGUGAGUGAAAUAUUAGACGACUGUAACGUUAAUAGGGACAAUAAUAAAAAGGAAAUAAAUAAAAAUUGUAAUAAUAUGAUAGAUAAUAAUAAUAAUAAUAAUAUAUAUAAUAAUAAUAUAUAUAAUAAUAACAAUAUUUAUAAUAUCAAAGUAAAAUUGUCGAAUAGUCAUAUUUUUAAAUAUAAUUAUAUAUUGAAUCUUUUAAAUUAUAUAGAUACAUAUGUGCAAAUUUUUUUUUAUUAUUUAAAAAAUAUGUAUAUCCUUUUCUCAGUUGUCAAAGUAGCAGAAAGAAAUUCUCUUAUGCUUAAAACACUUAAGACCAAAAAUCAUUAUAUUAAAAAGUUAAGAAAUCAUAUCAUUGAUAAUUCAGAUUUUUAUAAAAUAUUAAAUGAUUUUUAUAAAGAUGAAAUAUUUAUUGUUUAUGAUAUAACUAAGUGGACAGAAAAUUGUAUCAAUACUACAGAUAUAUUAUUUAAUGAUCUAAAAAAUAAUAAUAAUAAGAUAUGUGAUUUAGAAAAUAUGGAUAUACCUAUAACAAAUGAUAAAGAAGAAUAUCAUGUUAAUAAUAGUAUUAUAAGUGUAUUGAAAAAACAUAAUUCUUCAGUUUAUAAAUUAAAAAAAAAAUUAAAAAAUUCUAUAAUUCUAAAAGAUCUAAAAAAAUUAAAUUGUAAUUUUAGUAGUAAAAAUUAUAUACAUAAUACAAAUUGUGAUCAACAUAAUAAAAUAUAUCAAGAUAAAAUUAAAAAUUGGAUAUAUCAUCCUUUUCAUAAUAAAAAAAAAAAUGUUAAAAUUAUUAAAAAGUUUAUAAGUGCUUAUGAUGCUUAUAUAUAUCAUGAUGUUAAUUUAAAUCUAAAUUUUAAUCGAUCAUAUGAAAAAUUAUCUUUACAUCGUGCUUCCAAUAAUGACUUAAUAAAAAAGGAGUAUGUGGAAAAUAAUUAUAUUACUAAUGGUCAUAUGAAAAAAUAUGAAGAAAAUAAUAUAAAUAUUUCAAGUGAACAUUGUUCAUGUCAUCAUAAAACAACUUUUUCUAAUGCACUUCAACAAAAUGAUAAAGAGGGAAAUAAACAAGAUAAAAUAAAAACAAAUAUUCAUAAAAAAGAGAAAGUAAAACAUAAUACAUAUUGCACAUCACAUGGGUUAUUACAACCAUAUUUAAUAGAAAGAAAUAAAAGUUUAGAAAAUAAAACAGAGGAACAGAAUGGUAUGAACAUGUAUGAUAAUUCAAAGGGUUAUAUAAAAAAGAAAAAUAAAAAUAAACAAAACAAAAAGGAAUUAAAUGACCAAAAAGGGGACCAAAUGAAUAACCAAAUAUAUGACCAAAUGAAUAACCAAAUAUAUGACCAACUAAAUUCCAAAGUAAAAACAUUUUAUAAAAAUAUAUACGAUUGUUACAAAUUAAUGUGCAAAAUUGAAUAUAGUAAUAAAUAUCUUUCCUGGUUAUGUAGUGGUAUGUCAUUAAUAGAUGUUGUUAUUAACUUUAUAAUAAAUGUUAGAUUAUAUGAAAAAUAUAAUAAAGAAAAUAAAACAAAUAAAUGUUUUAUUCCAAGAAUUAUUUUAUAUAUAACACAUCAGUCUUCAAUAUUAUCAUUUCAAUCAUGUGUAGGUAUACGAAAAAAAGAUAUGAAAAUACCUCCUUUCGCUAGCUUUAUAUCUUUAGAAUUAAUUCAUAUUAAAAAAAAAAAAAUUAAAAAUUUAAGUAACAAAUUAUUUAAUGUUUUCAAUAAUGAAAAAUCUUAUUGUAAUAAAUAUAUUAUGAAGGAAGAGAAAAUAAAACACACAUCACCACGCAGUGUUAAUAGUAUGGAUAGAAUGGAUGUCCUACGUUAUAUUUAUCAAAACAAUAUGGCAAAUAUUUUUUGUUGUAAGGAUGAUUGUGUGUGGAAGGUACGAAAAAAGGAAAAAGAAAAAAAAUGUGGAAAAAACAAAAAAAUUAUGAAUCAACAAAAUGAAAGUGCAAUUAAGGAUGAUGAAAAAAAUUCAUAUUAUAUAUUAAAAAGAAAUAUAAAUGAAAAUAUAGAUAAGAAAAAAUGUAUUAAUAUAAAUAAUACAUGUAAUUAUAAUAAUAUACCUACGAGUAUUAAUAAUAAUAAUAAUAAUAAUAAUAAAUAUGAAAAAUAUUUACCAAAAUGUUUAAAUAAAAUUGAUGAUUUUAAAAAUUUAUUUUAUUUAUUAUGUUAUAAAAAUAAUAACAUAGAAGAUCUGAUACAACUCUAUAAUAUUUGCUUAAAUAAUAAACAUACACAUAUAAAAAAUAUGCAAUUAAAAGAAGGUAAGAAACAUGGAAAGAGACAUUUCUAUGGAUAUUUUGUUAAAUUUACUUUUAAUAAUUCUGUACCUUUAAAAUUAAAAAAAAAUAAGUUAAUAAAAAAAUAUGACAUGGGCAAUAAAAAAGAUAAAGAAGAUGAUAAUUAUCAUAAUGAUAAAAGUAAUUAUAGUGAUAAUAUCAUUUAUGAUAAUCAUCAUGUUAAUAGUAAUAAUAAUAGUAAUAAUAAUAGUAAUAAUAAUAAUAAUAAUAAUAAUAAUAAUAAUAAUAAUAAUAAUAAUAGUAAUAAUAAUAAUAUGAUUCAAGAUACCAAUCUAAAUAAAAGAGAAAGUUUAAAAAAAAAAUUUACACAAAAAAAUAAUAAUCAUUCUAAAAAGAUAAAAUAUAAAUAUAAUAAUAAUGAUAAUAGUUCAAACUAUAUUUCUAAUGUGAAAUUAUUUAAAAUGAAAGAUAUUGCUAAAAUAAAAAUGAUUAAGGCAUGUGAUCAAAAUAACAUAUCAUGUAUACAUAAAAUGAGAGAAAAAAAAAAAAUUCUUAAAAGGUUAAAUAGAAAGAUUUUAAAUUUUAAUAAUAGUAAAAAAGAUAAAUAUAUGAAUUAUAUAUAUAAUAGUACUAAUAUAAUAUAUGGUAAAAAUUAUAAAAGAAUUAAUAAAAAUAUUAAUAAUCAAUUUAUAAAUAAAAAAAAUGUUGAUAUAAAGAAUAUAUUAUUACAUAAAUGUAAGCAACAUAAAAAUAAGACAAAUACUAUUAUAUCAACUGAUAAUAAUAAUAAUAAUAAUUAUAUUGAAGAUGAUAUAUCAACAAGAAAAUUAAAAUGUAAAGAUAUAAAACGAAAUACAAAACAAAAAUAUAUAAAUGAUAAUAAUAUUAAUAGUUAUAGUAAUAAUAAUGAUAUUAUUGAAAAAAACAAAGAUAUUAUUCACAAUGAAUGUAAAAAUAAAAAAAAUCAAAUUAUGGAAUAUAAUAUUAAAUGUGAUGAAAAAAUUGUUUCAGAAAAAAGUUCUACAAAUAUUAUUAGUUUAAAAGAUAAAAAACAAAAAAGAAGAAAUGCAAGUAAAAAAAAAUUACAAAAAAAAAAUUUUGAAAAUGAAAAUAUUGUUUGUUUAGAUUGUUUAAUUUCUUAUUUAAAAAAAAUGUUAAGAAUUUAUGGAGAUCCAGAAAUAUUAUAA